AUGGCACGCUUCACAGCGUAUGACUCGGAGCUCCAGACCAUCAUGAACUACCCAAACGUGCGGGGUGCUCUAGAGCUGAGAGAGCCUCAGUCGGACGAUAACAAGAGCAAGGCCCCAAAGCGUGAUCGAGUCGCAAGCCCCGAAUUGGAAGACGCUUCAUUCCCUGCAUCUCCCCACAAAAAGCAGAAAACGGAGGCCGAAGACACCGAUGCCAUUACGUUGGAACAAGACAGUUAUUCGUUCUGGGACGCUAUGCUGUGGGGAUCUUCAUGCCCGGGCAUUACGGAAUCAUUUGCGUCCUCUCCUAAAAGCGUUGCUCAAGUCGUUCCUGAAGUCGCUAAAAAUGUCUUUGACGGGGAGUUCCCAGUCCUGCAGCAACAGUCCAUCCCGGAGUCAUGGAACUUUACCAUCUGGGAAGACGAGGACGCAGGCACCGACGAUUGCAGUCUGGUUGGUCGUCCAGUUCAUUGGGUCCCUGAGUACAGCGACGAAAACAAAGAGAAUGAAUAUCCCGAGUUCGAUGUGGUCAUGGAGGACCCAAACAGUGCAUCUGAAUCCCAGGAAAAUCAGUACCCUGAGGAGCAGUCACAACUCCGCCGCAUCAUACUCGGCGAGCUUCAGCAGAACUGA